AUGGCCGACUAUGAAACUCAGCACCACCAUCACCACCAACAAGCUGUGUCAAAAGAGACAGCUUUUCAAGCCUUGAACACCAUCAUACAGCUCCAUUUCGAGAAGACCCUGGAGAAGAAGCGUGCCAUAGACCUCCAAAAGAAGGAGCUUCACAAACUAUUCCAGAUUUUCUUCAUCUUCCUAAGCCUUAUAUUCCUGGCUCAAUCCCAGUCGCCCCGUCUCGAAUGCCGCCAUUGUUGGAUCCCCAUCACUCUUCUCUCCAUGGCCCACCUCAUCUUCUAUGUCUCCGUGGCACAGACCCUCAGGUGCAUCAAUGGCUUCAAGUACCAGAGGCGUUGCCACAAGCUCACCCUUGGCUUGGCAACUGAGAAGCUUAGAGAGAUGAAGAUGAGGCUCAACACCAACGCUGAGUACGAUGGGAUUGGUGAUGAGGACUUUGAGAUUCACUACCAGGAACCCCCUGAAAGCUAUUUUGGUAAGUUCAAGAGGAAUUGGGCUCUUCAUUUUGGUUUCUUGAUCUUGAUCUAUGGCUUUAUGGUCUCUUCCUCAGUCGUUCUUCUCUGUUUUUAA